AUGAUCUAUGAAUACCUUGGUGGCGGCCUCAUGGCUUCCCGAGGGCCACUGCUGGAAUUCCUACCCACUUUGCAUAAUCCCGACGAGGGCGCUUUGCUCGCGAUGAGUCACUUUUACCGCCCUGAGCAUAUACACAAUGCCCUUGCUGCAGUUGAAGCCAAGGCGAAGGGUGGUAGCGUACGAGAGAAUGACAACGACGACAAAACAGUUCGUCCCCGCCCAACCUCCUCUCAGUCGUUCGCGGCUGCCACGUUUGAGGGAUUUGAAGACCACAAACUCGACCUGACGCUCUCUGUCCCUUCCUCUCCUGUUGCGUCCACCUCGAGUCUACCGCCGGAUGACCCCUCGCCUCCCCCUUCUUCGCCACCAUCGCCACCACCCGUCCAGCACAGUCUAUCGAGGACUAGGUCUUUCGCUACGCAGGCCAUUUCUCCGUUGAUCAAAUCGUCCAAAAAGCUCUCCACUCCCCAACUGUCCUCCAUGACGAUGCCAUCAGGCUCACGGGGCUCCUGGCCUGGCGUCAAAUACACAGGCCGCGGGACGCCAAUUGAUCGUAAACGUAAUCGUCAGUGGGGUGGGUUCAUCAGCGAAGAAGAAGAUGGUGUGGGUGAAGACGGGAUCCUCUUCUCCAACGCUCGACCGGCGUCACUGGAUUCUCAUAUUAGACCACCCAAACGAUCACUUUCACCUGAAUGGAACUACCUACCCGCUCUCACUUCACCAUCUAUCUCGUCCCAGCCCGAAGAAGAGACAGAGCCUGCUCCUGCGUUGGCGCCAAUCAACCUCGGUACAGACCAAUCAGAUGAUUGGGACUCGAUUAUGCAAACCGUUCUUGGUUCGACCGACUCACCACCGUCCGAGUCGCCAUCGACCCCGCCCGAAGAGCCACAAUCUGCACCCACCGCGGUUUCCACCGAUUCGACCUCGGUAGUGGCACCCCCUGUCGACUUUCACAUGAUGACCCCCGAUCAAAUUGAAGAGCUUCAUAACGGAUUAGAGACGCAUCUAGGCAUCCAUCAAGCUCUUGAUCUCGGUCUCGGGAUCAACAUCACACAGGGAGGGGGAAAGAUGAACCUGUUCAAGUUAGGGUUGCUUCCCUCCUCUGCCAGCGGAAGAGAGACGCCUUCGAUCUACUCGCAGGCAGAGACCCCGCGCGGCUCGCCACCUGCCACCAUCAUUCAGCACGACGACGACCGUGGCAGGUCAUGCGAUGAGACCCCGUUGUCGAGCACUAGUACCAAGGCGGAACCCAACACUCGGAAAGGUCCCAAGUCCGGCGAGCAAACAUGGUGGAGACGGGUCGUAAAAGGGAUGCGAAAGCUUCAGGAAUCCGUCAGCUACCAUAAGACUCGCCUACGCUGA